AUGGACGGUGCAGCGGCCUUCUUGCUUGGCCUCGUCCGGCGUCCUUGCAGCGGGCUCCUCGCGCGGCCUCCUCCAGCGUCAGUGCAGCUGCCACCGCAUGCGUCCUUGUCCAGCGUUGGUGAAGCGGUCUGGAUCGGUGCAGCUGCCUCCCCCAAGUGCUUGUUGGCGGUCGAUCGGUUGGAACGUCUGGGCAUUUCGAAGUACUUCACAAGUGGAAUUGAGGAGUGCUUAGAUUAUGUCUACAGUAAUACUCGUGUAAAAAAAUUGGACUGCCCACUUAAUAACAUUGACGACACGGCCAUGGGAUUUCGUCUCCUCCGAUUGCAUGGUUACCACGUCUCUCCAUGUGUAUUCAAGCAUUUCGAGGAGGACGGUGAGUUCUUGUGCUAUCUAGGGCAGUCGAACCAGUCGGUGACGGCGACGUACAACCUAUGUCGCGCUGCCUCGCCGGCGAACGUCUACUGUCGCGUGUUCCUGGAUGAGAGGAAAGCCUCCGGCAAACUCAAGGACAAGUGGGUCAUCGCCAAGGACUUGCCUGGCGAGGUGGGGUACGCACUGGACUUCCCCUGGAAGGCGAGCUUGCCGCGUAUUGAGACGAGGAUAUAUCUAGAGCAGUACGGUGGCAGUGCUGAUGUGUGGAUCGGGAAGGUCCUCUACAGGAUGCCCCUCUUCAGCAACGACCUGUACCUCGAGGCCGCGAGAGCAGAUUUUCGCAGUUUCCCACGUCUUUCAAGGUGCUUACUGUUGUUAAUAUGCUGGUGGUUUGAUAAGAACGGCCUUGGAGUGUUUGGUGUGACUCCAAAGAGCGCGUUGAGAGCCUACUUCUUAGCUGCCGCCAACAUCUUCGACCCAAACCGAGCAGCGGAGCGCCUCGCAUGGGCACGCACGGCGGUGCUUGCCGAUGCUGUCUCCAGGCGCUUGCGAUGCAAUACUUGUACUGACAGCAAGAGGGAAGUGUUUAUUAGUGAACCCGAGAACAAUGGCAACCAUGAGCUAGCUAGGCGAGAGGAGGACCCGACAGGGAAAGCCCUCCUGUCUGCACUACACGACCUCAUCGACCUACCUUCAUCUGACAAUUCUUCUCACAGUCUUUGUGAUGCUUGGAAGCAGUGGCAGUCAUGGGCAGCAAAGGAGAGCCAUGAAUCAUUUGAAGGAAAUACAGCAUUGUUGUUAGUCCGUACGGUAGAUAUGUGUUCAGGAAGGCACAGUUUGACUGAGCAGAAUGUGAUGUUGGAGUAUUCCCAGCUUGAGCGGCGCACCUCUUCCAUCUGCUGCAAACUAGACUCUAGAGUUCAUGCUCAGAAUGGAGCAAAUAAGGAGAAAGUUGACAAUUUAGAUCAGCAAGUGGGUUUGGAGAUGCAGGAACUAGCUCAGUGUGUUCUUCAGAGCUGCAACUCUAUCAACAGGGUGACCAGGCAGACAUUUCACCAUGUGGCGAAGAGCUACUACUACGUUGCUCAUUGCUUAAUUGAAACAAUUGAUAGUCACAUAUCCAUGGUCAUAUUUGAAGAUGUCAUCUAGGAAUAAUAGCACCACUCUAUAUCUAUUCCUGUAAAUGAAGAGCUCGUACAAAUCUCAUACUCUGAAUAAACAAAUUUGUGCAUUUCGAAAGAAGAGGGACAUUUCUGAAUAAACAAUUUAUGGAGUUGCUUUUCUUCACCUGCAAUAGUGACGCCCACGUAAUUUUGCGACGCAUAGGCCAACUGGAAAAGAAAUAAUCUUAAGACGCAUAGACCAAUCCGGUGCCAAAAGGUGAAUCAGAAUGUAUUGCCUAGACGUAUAAAUCUACCAACUGGCACAGCCACUCGAAUUUUUUUAAUAAUAUUAUUUUAAUGGAUAAUUAUAAAAAUAGUAGCCAUUUUUGCAAAAUUAUAUAAAUAGAAACCAGACGGUGUUUCUAGUGACAACUUGGGGAUUUCGAUAUUCCCUAUUCCUGUGUCGACCGUAAUGUUUCGACAUUUAGGUAACCGAUAGG